AUGACGUCAUAUCAAAGUGCCACCAUUGUUGCUGCUCCAAAUGAGUUUCGAGUUAAUUAUCCACCAUACGUGCAAAUCAGCAAAGUUCAAUUUCAAAAAGAGACUGGCUCACGUUUACUUGCUGCUUCUGGAUGGGACGGAGUGGUGAAAAUCUAUGAAGUUGGAUCUGUUGGCGAAAUUAACGAAAAGACAACAUUUCUGGAAGGAAAGCCAUUGCUUUGCUGCACAUUUGCUGGAUACAACAAAGCCGCUUGUGGAGGUCUCGGUCACACAGUUAAACUUCUUGAUCUUGAAACCAGUCGAGGUUUGCAAAUUGGAUCUCAUGCGUUGGCGGUGAGGUGUAUGGAAUAUAAUCCAGUGUCCAGUUUAAUUGUAUCUGGAGGUUGGGAUUCUGCUGUCAAGCUUUGGGAUGCGAGAAGCUACGGAAAUGGUGCCACUGAUACUGUGAAUGUUUCGAGCAGUGUCUACGCAAUGGAUGUUUUGAAAAACAAUGUCCUGGUUGGAACUAAGGAUCGUAAAAUCUAUCUUUUUGAUACUCGUAAAAUGAAAGACCCCGUUCAAAUUCGUGACAGUCCACUGAAGUAUCAAACUCGCUGUGUUCAAUUCUUCCCUACUGGUGAAGCUUUCGUGGUCAGUUCAAUUGAAGGUCGAGUCGCUGUCGAAUAUAUCGAUCAAGAAGGAGAGCAGUUGAAGAGAAAAUAUGCGUUCAAAUGCCACAGAGAGAAAGAAUUGGAUGGUACGGAAGUAAUUUAUCCCAUUAACACAGUCGCAUUCCACCCGAAAUAUGGAACAUUUGCAACUGGAGGAUCUGAUGGAAUCGUUAAUAUUUGGGAUCCGUUCAAUAGAAAGAGGCUCAUUCAAUUGCACAAGUUUGAAACGUCCAUCAUUUCACUAUCCUUCAACGAGGAUGGAACCCAGCUCGCAAUUGCAUCAUCAUAUCAAUAUGAAAACGAAAUCGAUCCGAAGCCAAUUCCGAAUAAUACAAUUACCAUUCGUCAUAUUACUGAUCCCGAAAGCCGACCGAAAUAA